AUGCCUGGAGCGAAUUCUAAAACCCCUUUACUGGGAAACAACAGUAGCGGUGGCAGCAACAAAAAGCCGCCUGUGAGUAGACCAAAAUACCAGCGUAGACGAUCCAGUUUUGAGGCCUCCACCUACAACAGUCAAGUAGUGGCCACAUCCUAUACAGCGACCAAGAGUCAUGGAGAAGAUACCAAUAUACCAGGAUUACAUCUCUUACAGCUAUUGACGCUGACUGUUUGCAUGGCUGGUGUACAAUUUACAUGGACUGUUGAAUUAUCUUAUGGAACGCCUUAUUUGUUAUCGUUAGAUUUGUCAAAAGAGUUGACAGCCUUGGUCUGGCUAGCAGGGCCAUUAUCCGGUUUAAUCGUGCAACCGGUCAUUGGUGCUUUUAGUGAUAAAUGUACAUCAAAGUUCGGAAAACGUAGACCUUUUAUUGUAGUAGCAGGGAUUUUAACAUGCCUUUCUAUGGUGGGUGUUGCUUAUGCUAAAGAAAUUGGCUACUGGUUUGCAGAGAUAUUUGCCACUUCAUCAACGUCGAUGGAUCGUAUGGAAAGUAUAAAGCAAGCUGCUCAUACCAAUGCUAUUAUCGUAGCUGUGGCUUCUUUUUACUUUUUAGACUUCACCUUGAAUGCCGUCCAAGCCAUUUGUCGUGCUCUUAUUUUAGAUAUUCCGCCUUUAUGGCAACAAGAUAUUGCAAAUGCUUGGAGUGCUCGUAUGAGUAACACGGCCAUGGUCAUUGGUUAUUUUGUCGGCUUUGUCGAUCUGGUCAAGUACUUGCCUUGGUUAGGUGAUUCUCAGGUCAAGGUUUUCUGUAUCGUCGCCAUUGUCGUGUUCGUUUUGACAUUAGGCAUUACUUGUGUAACAACCAAGGAGAAAACCGUUGAAAGAAAAGACGACGCCGAACUCAAUCAGCCCUGGUAUAGCACUUUUUAUUACAUUUGGAGAGCUUUCCGUUUUUUGCCUCGUCCUAUUCAAACAUUAUGCAAUACUCAGUUCUUUGCCUGGAUGGGUUGGUUCCCCUUUUUAUUCUACAGUACGCAAUGGGUUUCCGAUAUUUAUUUCGCCACGCAUCCUCCUCGUACACCUGAUGAACCUCUUGACUGGGCUCAAGGGACACGAGCAGGUUCUUUUGCCCUCUUGUGCUACUCUGUUGUGUCCGUCCUGGCGGGUUUAAUCUUGCCUGCUAUUGUGUCCUCCAAAUGGGCCAUCCACAGACGCUGGAUGAACUUGUUGAACAUUUACACUUUGUCACACUUGACAGUUGCCUUUGCGCUCAUCUCGUCCUUGUUUGUAGAGUCAGUAGCAGCCGCCACUGUGGUACUGGCCAUUAUGGGUGUUCCAUGGGCUAUCGUACUUUGGAUCCCCUUCUCGUUAGUAGGAGAGUUUGUCAGUUACGAAGAUGAAAAGCGAAACAUGGCAGCGGUGGGUCACCACGGCGCUAUCCAACAGUCGUCUUCACAUCAUCACUCAACACCUCACGAAGAAGAGUCACAGCAAAAUAAUGAUGAGUUUGAUGCAGGCAUGAUUCUAGGCGUUCAUAAUAUGUAUAUCGUCUUCCCUCAGUUCGCCGUCGCCAUUAUCUCCUCCUUCAUUUUUGCUGCUGCCGACGCUAUCAAGGACGGAAACAAUAGAAGAGGUGGAAAUAUGUCCAGUGUGACGCCUGUAUUGAUCUUUGGUGGUUUGAUGGCUAUUGUAGCAGCUGCUCUAAGUAGAUUCAUCGUAAGAGUAAGCGGCCCUUCUUCUUCUCAUGGGGUUGCAAAAUAA